AAAAUCCUUCUAAAAUCUAUCUCUACGCCCCUCCACUCCCCCCCCCCCCCGCUCCAACAACCCACCAAAUCUUUUUCCUCCUUUGUGCCUCCAUUAAUGGAAGUUGAAGAAUUGCUUAACCUCUUUGAUUUUCACUGGUUUCAAUCUCAAGUACUCAAACCAAAACACCUCUUUUCUACAACAACCCCAAAAAUCACCUCAAUUCUUGAACCCAACAAACAAAUUCUUGAAUUCAAUGAACAAAUUCUUGAAAAGAGCCCAAAACUUUCAAGAACUCCAACUUUUAUGGUCAGAUCUCAGAGUGACCAAUGUUUGAGCUCUAAAGAUUGCACCUUUAACUCAGAGAAAUCACAAUCACAAUCCCCAUCUCCAAAAUCUGUUCUUAUUGAAGCUAAACUUCAGCCAAUUCUUUCUGGUAAAGAAUACAAUGAGUUUCAAUUUUCCUCUGAAGCAGCUGUUAAAAACAGAGAAACUUUUGGGAGGAGAAAGAAGAAGAGUAAAAACAGUAAAAGUUUAUCAGAGCUGGAGUUUGAAGAGCUAAAAGGGUUUAUGGAUCUUGGAUUUGAGUUUUCAGAUAAAGAUAAAGAUUCAAAUUUGGUGACAAUAAUUCCUGGAUUGAAGAGAUUAGGAAGGGAAAAUGAAAGGGGUUUUGAGGAAAAUGGAAUUUCAAGACCUCAUCUUUCUGAAGCUUGGGGUGUUUGGGAGGAAAAGAAAAAAAUGGAGGAUAGGAAAAAGAAUCCAUUGAAAAGUUGGAAGAUUAAUUCUGAUUUUGGAAAUGAAAUGGAAAUUAAACAUCAGUUGAAGUUUUGGGCUCAUACUGUUGCCUCUACUGUUAGAUAGCUGUAAUAUAUUUGUAUGGCUAAAUUUGUCAAAAAUGAUCAAGUAUUUUCUUUUUACCUCUAUUAAAAUUUGAAUUUGAAUUUCCUAUUAUUUUCACUCAAGUUGGAAAAGAUGGAGUUUGGGAAAAUUUCA